AUGUGCAUUGAUAAUGAUGAAUUGAAAACAGCCUUAGGGCAUAUUGAACAUGAUCAUAAAAGAAUGAAAAUAUUGGAUAGAUUGUACCAAAGUUAUUGUGAAAUGCAUGAAAUAAUUAUUUCUACUAGUGAAGAAAACAUUGAGAAAUAUUUGGUCUAUACCACGGAUUGUUUUAACGAAUAUAGAGGUGCUAUUAGUACUGUUCCAAUAAAUGAUAAAUAUUUUCAUAGUGCCCUAACAAAUUUUAAGAAAGCUUAUGAAGAACUUGCUGAUAGAGCUCUUAUUAAAAACACAUCACAUGAAGAAUAUAUAGAGAAGAUGGCAGAAUAUAGUAUAACUUCAGAUAUGAUUUUAUAUUCAAUGGAAAAUGAUAGUAAUAAAAUUAUGUUAAUUUCAAUAUUCAGUUCAGUACUUGCAGUAGUCCUCAUAUUAAUAUAUUUUUAUAUGGUUAAAAUAAUAUUAAUUAGA